AUGACUAUUGAUAAGAGUAUUAAGGCAUGUCUGUUUGACAUGGAUGGGCUUUUGCUGAACACAGAAGACAUUUACACUCUCACAUGUAAUGAAAUCUUGAAUAAAUAUGGCAAGGGUCCUCUGACUUGGGAUAUCAAGCUGAAACUACAAGGACUUCCAGGUAGGGAGGCUGGUGAGAAGCUGAUUGAGAGCUAUGAUUUGCCCAUCUCUUUUGAGGAGUACGACGACAUGAAUGUCAAAUCUCAAGAAAGCAAGUGGCCAACUUCUUCGUUUUUGCCUGGUGUGGUUGAGUUAUUGAAGUAUUUGCACGAGAAGAACAUUCCAACUGCUGUAUGCACUUCAUCGAACAAACUAAAGUUCAAGGGGAAAACUAGCCAUCUUCCAUGUUUUGAAAAUUUCGAUGUUAUCGUGACCGGAGACGAUCCAAGAAUUCCUGCAGGAAGGGGAAAACCGUGUCCAGAUAUCUGGCAGUUAGGUUUGAAGAUGUUGAAUGAGAAGUUUGGUGGUGAUAUUAAACCAAGUGAAUGUUUGGUUUUUGAGGAUGGUAUCCCUGGUGUUAAAUCUGGGAAAGCCUUUGGAGCCCAUGUUAUCUGGGUCCCUCAUCCAGAAGCUCAGCCAUAUUUAGGCGAUGUGGAUGGUAUUCUGGAUAAUAAAGGUGAACUGUUACCUACUUUACAAGCAUUUAAAAGGGAACAGUAUGGAUUAUGA